AAUUUGUGUUUUUCUAUUUGUUUCAUUUCUCAACUAUUUGCCAUUUGCCUUAUGCGUGGGCCUUUCAAAAGGCAUUAAGAAAACUUGAUUAAUAACCCUCGACAGAUACACAGAUACUCCGUACCCCUCUCUUCAUUCGCAAAAAAAUAAAAUACAAAAAUAAAAAAACCAAUAACCGUCAGUAAAUCAAAACAACAAUAAAAAUAAAGUAACAGACCAAUUAACCAUGCAGCCAAAGUGUUCGACCAAAGCACGUUAGUUAAUAUUGACUAAAAACUAAAACCAAACAGCAAUAACAGCAAAAACAACAACAACAAACAUGUGAGUUAGGCAGUUGCAGAACUUUUGUGCCACCAGCUAGUGUAUCUGUACAAAAUGGCCGCCAGGAUGAACAGCAACAUCAUCAUCACCAUCAUCAAUAUCAACAUCAAGGUCAACAUAAGCAUCAUCUUCUAGCUGCAGGAGCAGCAUCAACUCCCCACACACACACACACAUGCACAUAUACAAUUGCAUAAAGUCAGCGGCAGAGGUAGCGACAGAGGCAGAGGCUAUCCAACUUUUAAAGUUCUGCUGACACUUGAUUCCUGUGAACGACAUCGCCAUGCUCGGAGUCAACCAGUUGGAGUAGACGCACGAAGAGUCACCUAAAUCAUCAGAGACAGCAGCAGCAGCGACAACGACGACGCGUCUGGCUGGGAGCGCGGUGGGCGAUCUGUACUUCGGUUACGUUGCGCUCAGCGUUAGUAAGCUUUUGACAAUUGACAACGCGAGACGCUUAACGUGCACGGUAGUUAAUAACGUCGACGGCAACGCGUUGCUGCUGUCGACGCAGUCGUCGGUGAACGCAAUAAUAAUAAAAAUAAACAAAAAAACAAAAAUAUCUAAACCGCAACUACAAUUUUUGCAUAGCCAAAAUGCAACGCACAAACAUUGAGUUCGAGCGUCAACGUCAUCUGGCCAAUUGGCUAGUGAAGAGCAGUCCGCAUAUGGCAGCUGCUGCAGCGGCGAGCGCAGCGCCACCCACAGCAGGAGCGAAUGGGAGCACUGGAGCUUCAGUGGUAGCAUCAAUUGGAGGGGGAGGGGGAGUGGCAGCUGCAGCGCAAGUCGUACCCGGCAACAGCGCUUCUGCCUGUAACGGUGCCCCACCUGGCGCACAUCACGGGCCAUUGGCGAUGACUGCCACAGCAGCUGAGGCACGUAAACCCAAGUUGCGUCGCUAUAACUCCCACGACACCAGCUCCAACAUGUUCUCCGUGGCGGACUUCGAGAAUGCGCGUCUGGCGCGUCGCAAUGAGAUCGAGUUGAAGCAGCGUCUGGCGCGACGCCAGCGCAACAGCGCAAAUGGCAGCUAUGGCUUAGGCGGCGGUGAUGCAGGUGGUUGCACUGCCAGUAAUGGUUACGGUGGCUACAGUGGCUUUUGUGGCGCACUUAAUGGUAGCGGCGAUUACUCCACUGGCGACAGCAAGACAUCCAAAUGCAGCAGCAGUAGCGAGGAACCUCUAUCUGCGGAUGUAUUCCUCGAGCGGUAUUCGCUGCCCCGUGUUGUGCGCAUCUUGUACACCAGCAAGAGCUCUAAUGAGACGCUGCAGUCCAGUUCAUCGCAUGGAUCGUCCACAGCCGCAUCGAGCAGCUCCUCGGCGGGCUUAAAGCAGCAGCCCAGGAACAGCAAUGAUGCUGGUACUGGCACCGGCACUACAUCAUCGUCUAGUGGUGGCAGUGGCAACCACCAUCACCACACCAAUCACAGCAACAGUAUCCACGUUCCAUCCAGUCACGAUGAACUCUUUUUGCUCUACAGGCUGGUGCGACAGCGUCAUAUUUACCAUGGAUACAAUGCCAAAUCUCAGGCAUCUCAGCGCAAGAAAAUUGUUUUGAUACCCCAGGAGUUUUCAGGCUACUUCUCGCUGCUGAAUGAGAAGGGUCUGCCAACGGCGACACAGUAUGGAUCACUGAUGCAACUGGUGCGGGAGCGGGUUUAUAAGUUCGCCUCGGUGGACAAUAUGCCCGCGUUUAGCGAAUCAACGCCCAGUGCAUCCAGCAAUAGUCCUAGCCAUGAGGGCUGUCUGCCUAGCAAGAAUCGGCCGCAGUAUGUGAAGACAACGGCGCGUGCUGGACAGGUGUUUCGUUUGAUGGCUGUCUUUGAGGAUGGGAAGCAGGAGCACGGCCAGAAUGGUCACAAUCAGUCAAAUAAUCUCAGUAAUUGCAAGUCGCAUGUGGCAAGUGGUGUUAGCUACAUGGGACGCGACAAGGAAAAAGGACGCUACGCUCAACUGUUGAAUGAACAGCGUCAGGUCAUAUAUGUGCCCCUCUCUACUAAGGGUAAAUUCUAUGAGAUUGAGCCGGGCAUACCACAGUUGCUGCAAAAACUGGGAGAUGCCCAACGCAAACUGAAUCCGGAGUGUGUGCAUCGUUUGGGCGCCCUGGUGUCCGCUGCCAAGCAGCUGCCGCUGAUGUUGCGGUACAUUUCAGGUCCCACCGGCACUGAGAUACCCGAGCAGCUGUGCAUCAGUCAGGUGAGCAAGGAGGAUGUUGUCAUUGGCUGCCCCAUUGAAGAGCUGGAUGCCCACAUGUCACCGCCGCCUUCAACGCAGCCAUUGCAACUGCAACUCAGAAGAUUGUAUCUCAGCCGGGAAAUGCAUCUGCUCAAGUGUCUGUUGGGAUUUGACUCAGAGCAGCGCAUGCUGGCCAAUGCCUAUGUCCAGAAUAUGCUCAAAUUUUGUCAAUUCAAUUGCGAUCAGUUUCUCAAGCUGGUGGAGAUUGAGCUGCUGCAGCGAAACGAACGAUCUGGCAGUAAGACUCGAGAGGGUCUAAAAAUUCUAAAGCCUUUGCAUUUGCCAAAGCUGUUGCGACGCGAGAAGAGCAGCAUGGCGGCAUCAACAAAUACAUCAGCCCAUGAGAAGGAAGACUCGAUAAUAUUUCUAAGCAAAACGGAUCUGGAGCAGCUCGAGGCAAAAGAGGCAGCAGCAGCUGCUUCAGCGGCAUCGCAAGCCAGCAACAACGACACCUCAACUCAGGGCACAAAUCGCAUCACUGAUCGCAUGAAGGUUUUUCAGUCCACCAAAAAAAAAUGGUUCCGCAAACAGCAGCAGCAACAACAACAACAACAGCAGCAGCAGCAGGAGGAUAAAUCCUAUCAAACGGAACCGCAAUUGGAUGUGCAGGUGAAGCGCAUGAGCAUGGAACGCUAUACGGACAUGUCCAAGCUUCUGCAGGAGCGCUUUGGCAACGCCAAAAGUGAUUUAUGCCAUGUUUCAGCCCAGCCGGAUACACAAUCGCUUCACAGUGAGACGGAGACAACGACAUUAACCACAAGCGUGGACCGUAGCUCGAUGCCCAAAUCGCUGGACACUCUGCUGCAGAAAUCCAUGUCUCUACAGGAUAUUGAGCUCUUGAAUGGUCAGCGACAGCAGCAACAGCGUCCGGAUCUGCUGUCUACUCACAAUGCUCAUGGAAACUCAGACGCCAUCAGCGAGACGGGCACUGAGCUAGAGGAUGUAGAGAAUAGGACGCCUCCGCCGCAAUCCUUCAUCACCGAGAAGCUGUACAAUGAGUUCCAUGUGAAGACGCGUCAGUAUAGCAAAUCUUCAAGCAGUUUGCAUCAGUUGCGACACUUCUCACUACCGCAAAAGCUGCAGCUUCAUGACACGGAGCACGAGAAGCGCAGCCUGUCGCAGUUCAAAGCUCAGCAGCAACAGCUUGCCAAGGAACCAAUCACUGGUCGACGCGCUGCUGGCGGAGUCUCUUUGCUAGGUGGUUUGGUUGCUCUAUCACCUGCUGCCCUGUUUUCGCCCAGCUCGUUGGUUGAGGAUGAUUUGCCCUAUUCAAGUGUGCGCGACUCUCUGGUCAUGUCCUGUGUGGGUAGUGCCCAGAAUUCGGCAGCACAGGAAACAACUCUACCACCUGCCGCUGUGGACUACGCCAAGGAGAAUAUAUAUGCGGAAAUUUGCGCCUCACACACCUGUGAUAGCUUCUCGGGCGCCACGCAGUUGACCCAGCUGCCACAACACGACGACGACGACAAUGAUGAGGAUGAAGAUGGUGACUAUGCCUCGCUGAAGUAUCAGCCCAAUGGACCGCAGUCCAUUAGCCGUGUAGAAAUCAGCUGCACCCCCGCCACAAGCGCCAUCAGCUACCAUACGGUUUAUCUGGGCGAGGAGCCGCUAGGAGAGCGACAUGUGGCUGCGAAUGCUCAGCAUAUAACCACUGUUCGGUUGCCUGGCGAGGAUAACAUAUACAAUACGCUCAAAUGAUGAUUUAUGUGAUUUAGGCGUCGACAUCGGUAUCGACAACGAUUGUCCGGCGCCAAGGGGCUACUCUGAAUGUAAAGGACAAUGCGAAUAGAAUAUAAAAUAUACAAAUGUAUACAUAACAUUUUACUUUUAAUUAUACCUAACUUUAUAAGGCGAAACGCGAACAAAUUAAGCAAUCAAAACUUUUAUGCAAAUCUUUGUCACGAAAAACCAAACGUUAUAACUGCGAAAUGAAUUAGGUAGUGAAACUUCAACAGAUAUUGAAUUCCGUUUCACAUCAGGUAAAAAAAUGUACAGAAAAUUGUUUAACAAAUGUGAACAAUUAAAAAAAAGAAAUUACAGGCGCGUUUCCAGUUCCACUUUCGCAGUGUUUAUUUGAAUGAAAUUAAUGCGAAAGUGGAAUUGGGAAUACUAUAUCAUUAUUUAUGCCUUUCGGCCAAAUUAUUUUGGGUUGUACUUCAUUUUGAAAACAUAUACAUAUACUAAUUUGAUAGACUGUAUUUGUAGCACACGUAAGGGUGACGCAAAAGUCCCCUUACCUAAUAAUCCCCCUUUAAAAGCCCCCAAUCGAUAAAAAUGACAACUCAAAUUGUAAUAUUAUAUGAUAACAAAGUGAAUACAAGCAAUUAUUAUUGUAUAUAAGCUUAAAACACACACACACUUUCACAAACAUAUGCAUAUAAUUCAUAAAACUGAAUAUUUGAAAUAUUUGCAAUAUUAUUCAAUUGUACCCAUAACUAACAUAUACAAAUACAUUUAACAUAUGAUAUCUAUAAUUAUGAUGAAAUGUAGAAAUCUUAGCGCAUACCUAAGGUAUUACUAGCUUGUAGGCAAUCAACAAGUCAAAUCAAAUCUUAAACGAUAUAUAUAUAUAAAAUACAUACAUAAAUAUAUAUAUAUUAUCCAUUUAUUCAGAUAUCUCUAGAAAUAAGACAUGUAUAUUAACAUAUAUGUCAUAAUGUAACAUAGCUUGAAUUUAGGACUCAGAAUUAUUGUCUACUUUUACACGAUCUCUUGUAUUUGUCGUUCUGUUUUAAUAUAUAUAUUUACUUAGAAUAUAUAUAUUAUUAUUCUUCAAAGAAGGUGUGUCAUGUCUUUAAUACUACGUUCUUUGAUCUGUCUGUUUGUCCGUUUUGAGCUUUAGCAUUAUUAGUGCGUAUCUCUCAAGAUUCUCAGUCACAACAUCGAGCCAUAUAAAAUAAUAGUUGAGUAGUCUCAAAUGCAUUAUGUAGUAAUUGUAUAUAUUCUAGUCCUCGGUUGAGAGAUUUGUAUCGAUGUUUUUGAUUUUUUUUCUAAUUAUAACUGAUUUACAGCUGUGAAAUUCGUGUGAAUUUGAAAUGAAUAAGAGCAAAACUAAUUUUUUUUUAAUUUGACAUGCCCAACUGUUGAAGCUUUCGGCCAGGCCAAAAGUAUAACUGAAAUAAUUUUUUGAUUCUCGAGUAAUUUACCAAACUGUUUAGUCAAGAAUUUAUUAUUUGCCUUAAUAUUACAAUCUGUUUGAAAUAAACUUAUGUAUCAUUGUUUACAUCUAAUCUGUACCGCUGAGUUUUAUAAUAUCAGCUAAUUUCUUAAUUCCCUUUAUUUACGAUUGUUACAAUACACAAUAUGAGUACAAGCAAAACUUUUGAUUUUCAAAUGAAA